AUUUGGUUCAUCAGUAUAGUGCCUCACGACCACACACGUGUGUUAUGAUGGGUACACAAGGGGUGCUGCGAUGCGUACCGUGUUCUUUUUAUGGCCCAAAGGCUAGUAUGAUUAGUCACAGGGUAUUGUUCAGGCGGCGAUGUCUAUCUACGGCGAUAAGGGGUAGAGAAAUACCACGGCCGAUUUAUGAUUUCCGUUACGUAAGCGCCAUAUCAAAUAACUUCCCAAGCUGGCAUUCACCAAGACCAACGUAUACAUAUAAUUAUGGAAGAGUAGGCUCAGUGUGCCGGAAACAGCUCCACUCGACAAACUGUUUACACUCAACAAAACCAGCGAGCGCACUAGGUAGUUCAGAUAAGAAGGUUGCAUAUGUAGAUAGUAGUAUAUGUUCUGACACGUUGGAGGAUAAUAGCGCUAAUAAAGUCACAUAUGUUGAUACUGGAUGCGUGGUCUACAACAGCCGUACGCGUACUAAGACGCCACUCACGCGACAAGCUCAUAGUUCACUCAGUUGGUAUAUGUGCGGACCAACAGUAUACGACUCGAUGCACUUGGGUCAUGCUGUUACUUAUAUCAGAUUCGAUGUGGUCCGUCGGAUACUAAGUGACUACUGUGGAGUCCCUGUAUGUCAAGUCAUGGGUAUCACGGAUAUUGACGACAAGAUUAUCACUCGUGCUGAGGAAAGACGCAUCUCUGUUAAAUCAUUGGCCGAAAAUUACGAACGUGAGUUCUUGGAAGACUUAAUACUGCUGGGUUGCUUGCCACCUACAUGUACGGCACGGGUGUCCGAUCAUUUACCGGAAAUAAUCACAUUCAUCAAGGGUCUGGAAGAUAGAGGAUAUGCCUACCGCCUAACGGAUGAUAGGGAACGUGUUUCCAUAUACUUCGAUGUUGGCAAAUACGGUGACAGAUACGGGGCUUUAGCGCCGGAACGGGCACAAAAUAACUUGACAACCAAAAAAGAGGUUGUAGACGAGGAAGUCGUGCCUACCAAAGCGAAUAAGCGAGAUGCACGGGACUUUGCACUUUGGAAAGCCGCUGACAACACGGACGGGGUUUCGAUUGUUGGAGACGUCUCUUGGGAAUCGCCUUGGGGAUCUGGGAGACCGGGUUGGCAUAUAGAAUGUUCGGCGAUGUCCUGCCAUAUACUGGGCGAUCACCUGGAUCUACACACUGGUGGCAUUGAUUUGAAGUUUCCUCAUCACGAGAAUGAGAUCGCCCAAUGCGAGGCGCUGCACAAUCACACAUGGGCGCAGUGCUUUCUUCAUACGGGGCAUCUGCAUAUAGAGGGACUCAAAAUGAGCAAAUCGCUGAAGAACUUCACUACAGUGAGAGACUUCCUCGGGAUUAAAGAUGAUUCAGAUAAUUUAAGCUCACCUGCUGCAGUUGACAUCGACUCACGCAAGGGCGAGAUGAUCUUCGCGCCCCAGCAAUUGCGACUGGCAUGUCUGAUGACAAAGUACAACGCGCCUAUGCACUAUUCUGAUAAUCUAAUGACACAGGCCCUCAACAUUGAAAACCGGUUCCGUACGUUCUUCUCCGAUGCGGAUGAGUUCCAUGCAAAGAAUUCGAGUUCGAAGUGGAGUGCAGCAGACACACAGCUGAUGAAAGAGCUAGAGAGCAUAAGAUUCACGAUUGACGACAAGCUACGAGAUGAUUUCGACACGCCGGGCACCAUGCACCGGCUAUUGGAUAUGGUCACAACCACAAAUAAGCACAUGAGCGCCGACCGGACUCAGGCGGCGACCGCGAGUGUUCUGGCUGUGCGUGACUACAUAGACUCCAUACUAUCCAUGAUGGGCGUGCAGAUGCAACAAACUCGGAAUAUCGAUUCGAGUGUAAACCAAUCGAGGGUCUCAACGGAGGAGGUUGUAGAUCACUUCGUCGACUUUCGUUCCAAUGUACGUGACAAGGCACUAAGCGCACUCAAAAGCAUCAAGAAAAAUAGUAGAACCGACGAAACAACGAAAGAGAAGUUAACAGAAGAGAUGUUGACAGUGCUCAAAAGCAUCUUAACCAGUUGCGACGGAUUGCGGAACGAGGUCCUGCCCAGUCUAGGGGUUUCUCUCAAGGAUUCUGCAGCGGGCAGCAAGUGGAGGUUUGGACAGCUGAAUGUACCAACGCUGUCGCCUAAAACGAAGGGGACGACGACUGACACCAAGCAAUAAUCUAAACGCAGUCGCUUUCGAGAACUGGUGAGUAUAUUACUGUAAAAAUCGAUGGAGAGGUCACAGUGCAGAGGGAGUAUUUAGGUGCAGAGGGAGUAUUUAUAUGGUAAAAAUAAAUUCGUUGCAUGGUUGGAAAGCGCUGAAAGCGUCAAAGCGACUCAUUCCGUGUGCACCGACAGUCAUGUUGUCGGUCAUACAAGGCUAAAGGAAACUCGUACGACUGCGGCUCAAAAUAUAGUGCAAUAGUGGUACCCAAAAGAGGAAUCAAACGACACUGGAAUCAAGCGACACUUGAACUUGGACAUUGCAAUCGACAUCGCCGGUUUGCUAAUUGUGUAUAUUUGCAAGAAAAGCUACUUUAUAAAAAAUGCAGGUAAAUAUCAC